AAAGCCCGACAAAACAACAGCCAUUUCCUUCCACUUGUCCGAGAUAGGGUUUUAGGCUUACACAACGAAACACAAAGAGAUUAAGAAGAAAUUAUUUCAAUGGCGAUUUCUCUCCCGAAUCACUCCGUACUCGCUCCUCUUCGCCCUUCCGUUUCUCUGACCUCCUCAAAGCCAACAACAACUAAGCCCUCCAAAUCCCUAGCUCUUUGUUUCCCUAGUUCUCGCCAUUUUCACUCCCGAGCUCACCUACGCAAUCCGGCUCUAGGGUUUCCUCGCACCAGCUCUUUCGCAGCCCCUAAGACCAGCACAACGCGCUUCGCCGCUUCCGCUGAAGGUGAUGAAAAAGAAAGUAGUCCGAGUACAGACACAUUAGAAAGUAGUGGAUUGAGUUUGAAGAACCUUUUUAAUCUUUACAAGGAGGCUAUACUUGAUGGAGAUGAACAAACUGUAUUUGACAUUGAGGCUAGGAUAGACGUAAUUGGAAAUGACCAGGAUAAAUUAGUUGAGAAAGUGUCAACUUUAACGGAAGAAAUCAAGUCUGGGAAGGAGAAAUAUGUCCGCUUACAAGCAGAUUUUGAUAAUUUUAGGAAACGAUCGGAAAAGGAAAGGCUUUCUGUUAGGUCUGACGCUCAAGGAGAAGUGAUUGAGAGUCUUUUGCCCAUGGUGGACAAUUUUGAGAGAGCCAAACAACAAAUUAAACCCGAAACAGAAAAGGAGAAACAGAUUGAUGCCAGUUAUCAGGGUAUUUACAAGCAAUUUGUGGAGAUACUGAGGAGCUUGCGUGUUGCUGUUGUGCCAACAGUAGGGAAGCCUUUUGAUCCUUCGCUACACGAGGCCAUCGCACGCGAGGAGUCUCAAGAGUUCGAGGAAGGGAUUAUAAUUGAGGAAUUUCGCCGCGGCUUCAUACUUGGUGAUCGGCUUAUAAGACCAUCAAUGGUAAAAGUCUCUUCGGGGCCUGGCAGAAACGCAAGCUCAGUAGCCCCUGCAUCAUCAGGGACGACUGCAGCAGUGCCGGAAUAGAUGAACAAUUAGUAUUUUUUGCGCAAGAUCAAUGUAAUGCCGGAGCAAAUAUCUUCCAUCAGCCAAUCUGGUAUAAUCUGGCUCCAUGAAUGACGUUUUGUUGUUGUGGGGUAAUUUUGUUCUCCUUUCGGUCAGGCUAAUGCCAUCCCCAAUUGUUGUUGGAGCUUUACAAUGAGGUUCAUUUGAACAUAUUGGUGAUAUAAGGUAUAAUUCGUUUCAAAA